CGGGGAGCCGGGGCAGGCAGGCAGGGGUGGCCGUGCCCGCCGCUCCUGUUCCCGGGGUAGGGAAAGCCAGAGAACCAAGGUGCUGGUGACUGGGUCGUAGGAUGGCAUUGCAAAAGCAAAAGGAAGAUGUCUCUGGAGAGCUGACAGAACCUUUUGCCCAGGAUUCAAAGACAAAGAUGGUGGAGGAAGAGGAAGAAGGGCUGGUGGAAGUGGAGUUGGAGGCCCUUGGGUCUGAAAGCAGCUUUGAAACUGAAACCCCAGAUUUACUUGGGGACGGUGGCCACCCCACCCCCGAGGACGAAGACAGCAGGCCCUUGUUCUUUGAUAAGAACCUGGAGCAACUUGACACCUCACACACAGUAAUGUGUACGUUCUCAAUUUCACUAGCUGUGCCAAUGGCUGCAGGUCCAAAGCAUAGGACAUUCAAUUUAACUGACAGGCAGAGCAAAAAGUCUAACAUUGGGAAAGAUGCAGCAGCUAUUCCAAAAAUGCGGCGUUACUACCACAUUGAGUACUUCCUUCUACCAGACGAUGUUGAGCCUAGGAAACUUGAUUUGGCGUUGUUUGGUGUGGUGGCCAAGCUGUUUGUGGAAUGUGAAUCCAAGCCAUCGACUGCACAGGUUCAAGCAGAGCGCUACAGGCAGAAACGGUCGACAACAAUAAUUUCCUCAGUUGUGAAACCGUGGUUUGAAAAUGACCAAAUAUGGGUGUCCUGGAACCACAGUAUUAAUAUUCAUGUUACUAAUGAGUUUCUGAUAAAACUGAGAGAUCACAAAGUAACUCUGACGGUAUGGGAUACCAAGGACAAAGUUUCUGCAAAAGCUAGGUUUAGUAAACCCAGGUUUCCUUUUUCACAGGUUGAGGAUUCAGAUGCAAUUGGUGGAGUAAAAUAUACGGUGUUAUUGCAAAGAGAACUCUUCGAGGACAAUCAGCCAGAACUCAGCUGUGUUAAAAUGAAAGGUGUGAAGGUUCCCAGUGCACCAGAGAAACCUGCAAUGGGUUUUGCAGCAGGGGAAAGUAAACCUUUACCAGAGGAAGAUGAACUGUAUGAGACACCAGCAUCCCUUUCUGUUUUCCAAUCUUUACUUCCUCCCUCAAGGACAGAUGACUUUCCUUCAGUGAGUCGUUUUAGUGUUUCAGGAAGUAUCGUUUCUAAUAGAGACAAAAUCCUGAAUGAGGGCAAUUAUUUGAAGCAGAAUACAAUUGCUGGCUUUUCAGAUUAUGUGAUUCCAAAAAAGCCAGAAAAAACGAAGUUCAGCUUGGAAAAUCCAGCAGACCACCCAGACAAAAAAGAUCCAAAAGGUAAAAGGAAAAGUUCUACUCCUAAAAGAGGCCCUGCUCUUAAAGAACGAAGGCAGAGCAAAGUGUCCAAUGCGGAGACCCUGAUUGCGGCAUUGACAAAGAAGUGUGGCAUAGCAUCUUUCCAACUGGAUCUCAUGCCUCUCCUCUCAGGGGAAAGAUUAGUGAUCAGUCGACUGCAAGAGAAAUCCUCUAAGAUUUUAGAUGCUUAUAUGACUUUCACUACAGAAGAACCUCUUAUGUCUGAGAGACAGAUAAGUGAAUUAAAUCCACUGAUUAUUAAGAUUCUUUCUGCUACAUGCCUCCCGAUGACUCCUGUCCCAAUUGAAGUGCUGCAGGCAACCUGUGUUCCCGCAUACUGCAGAUACCAGUUUCACAACCUCCCUCCUCAUCAAACGCAAGGGCAAACCCAUGGAACUCACAUCUAUUUUAAGGAUGUCAAUGUGAUUCUAACAGGGACAAUCAGUCCUGGGGAAUUGCGUGAGUAUUUUAGAGGUCCACCUUUGGAGAUUGAGGUUCAUGACCGGGACAGAAAAAUGGCAAAGGACAUUAAAAAACCCUCUUUGUUUGGUGAAGAGCAAGAUGAUGGAAAGCUGAGUAAUGUGGGGUUUGUCUCUUACAAACACACAGCCUAUAAUCCAUUUACAGAAAAGGACAACUUAUGGCAUCCCUAUGGGGUAGCUAAAGUCAGUCUAACUGACCUACUGCUAGGUGAAAAGUACUUGAAUAUCAGUGUGCCCAUUCACAGCUGCUCAGUUCCAGAUCCUGGCUACCAGAAGGAUAGUAAAACUGAAAAAAUUAUGGGAGUAUUGGGAUCAGUGGCUGGCCCUCAGACUUCUCCAUUGCCUAUGGGACAUUAUCUAGAAUCGGACUCAGUCCUGAAAGUAAGAGUUGAAAUAGCUGUGCCGCUAGGUCUGCAGGCAGAAACUGCUGACACUGAAGUUGCAAAUUGCCCAUAUGGUUGCAUUAUCUAUAUUUUUGACUACAAUAACGCACCUUGCUUACAUGAUUUGCUGCAAGAGAUUACAGAAAUUAAUGCUGAAGCACUCCAACUGGAUUCUUAUCCCCUACAAGUAAUUCAGAUGGCUCUUGCUACUUUCAAGCUGAAAACCACGACCAAGGAAAUUUCUGAGCUCGAUAUCAUUACUGGUUUUCAUAUACUAGAUGGAACAAUUCACCUUUUAGUCUUGGAAGGAUUAAAGGACAAAGCAAUCAAGAGACUGUGGGAACAGCAAUUUGAUAAGACUCACAGAACUGAAAAUGGAAGGUUGGAUAUAUUAUAUAACUCACAGCUGUCUUUCCAUCAGCGCCUAUAUACAGACCUGGAAGCGAUCCUGUAUCAUAUUCAUCUCUGUAAACCCCUCUCUGCUAUAACAAGACAACCUCUCCUUUAUGUCAGGGAUAUGGUUCGUCAGGCAUGUUUCCAAGCCUUGUCCAGGCUUGAUUAUCUCUGCCACAGUAAGAAGUUAAGGGAUGUCGUUCAGAGAGGUCUGUUGCCCUCUGCAGAAAUGAUCACAGUCUUGAGUCAGGAAUUUGGGAUUCCCCUAACUAAGGAGGAUUUGUUUAUUCAAAGACCUCGUCUGCCCUCAGUUUCCUCAUUUGCUUUGCAAAAAUCCAGAAAAGUUCCCACAAAACGAGGAGCAAUGCAUUCUUUACUGGAUAACCACAAUGAAAAAUACAUUCAGUGUAAAAAGGAAAUGGAAGAUAAAAUGCAGCAUUACAAAGACCACAUCCAGACUAACAUUGAUGCCGUGUACCUACUCAGUAGGAAGGUGAGAAAGCCAAAGUUCAGAGCCAUCAGGAGUUCUCCUGCUGACGGCAAGUCGGUCUACAACUACAGUUCUCAGCAUCUGAAUUCUGCAGAACGGGCAAAGAUGCAACUUCGAAAGGAGCUGGCAAAGAAACCAGAGAGGAGAUUCGCUUAUUGCCACGAAUACCUGUCAGCCAUGUUUGAUCCUGUGGAUUUGGACUCUGUCCGGAAAGAAUCUAUUGCAAAAUCCAAGAAUUUGUGGGUAUCGCCAAGGGGGUUUGUAUGUCCUGGAUUUAAGAGUUAUAUUGAAUCCAAUCUGCACCCUCGGAUGCCUGAUGAGACACGUUUGAAGGAGUUAACUGAGAAAUGGCAGGAGAACAUUCUGUUUGCUAACAUUUUGGAGCCAGUGCUGAGUCGUGACAGAUGGAGUUGGGACCAGCGUCAUAUAGAUUUUGAUCUUUACAAGAAGCCACCUGUUUACCUCCCAGCAUCAGCACCUGCUACUCAUCGGGCAGUGGACACUUGGCUGCAUGAAGACUCUAGUCAGCUUCAGAAAACUGUAUUUGAUGACACCAAGCUGAAAGUUUACAGGUGUCCCACAGCAGCCGAGCUAACCACACGUGGCCCAAAAGCCAGUGCCCAGCUAGACAAAUUACAAGGACUUCUGAAAGAUGAACCAGAGAAAUUCUCACUUAAGAGACCAGCCAUGAUCCUGCGGCCCAUCCCAGCACUGUCAGUGUUGCAGCAUAUACCUGUUUGUGGCAGUUACCCAGACCUGCCCAGAAAGAGGAGCACCACCAAUGGAUUUGUUCCAGGUCUUGAAGACCAGCACAGCUUGAAGUGGAAUGGGAAUAUAGUCCCCUGCCGUGACAUGGAACACAGAAAGUUUGAAAAGCUGAAAGGAGCCGACUUCAAUUUACUUUGUUAUGAACAUUCCUUUCUUUACAAGAGGAAAAGACCAGGGAAGAAAGGGGAGGAUACAACCCUUCUGCUACAGCAAGACUCCACUCAAUAGUCAGCUACUACUUCCAGUAAAUGGAAUGACCCUAUCACCCACCAGUGACUAGAAGAAGAUGGGUACUCGGUUACAAAUCCAGAUGUGACUUAAAA